GAAACUCGUACGUAGGAAACCGGGAAGAGUCGUACUUUGUACAUUGUCAAGAUCCCACGCUAUAAAUAUCUGACUGAAACUCGUAAGAAAGCAGAAGCUUCAAUCAGUCUCGGACCCCACGUUAACCGUCGUCGGAACUAUUUUCAGAUAAAGAUAGAGAUGGAGAAGGAGAUGGAGAUGGAGAUGAAGAAGGAACAGGAGCUUGAGUGGACCAAAGCGCAGAGCAUUGGAAUAAGCGUAGACCUUGUGGCUGCAGCAAAAAAGCAGCUUCAGUUUCUUGCGGCUGUUGAUAGGAAUCGGUAUCUGUACGAAGGGCCGGCUCUUCAGAGGGCUAUCUAUAGGUACAACGCUUGUUGGCUUCCGUUGCUUGCCAAACAUUCAGACUCCCAGGUUUCUGAGGGACCUUUGGUUGUACCUCUUGAUUGUGAAUGGAUUUGGCAUUGUCACAGGCUAAAUCCGGUUCGAUACAAGACUGACUGUGAAGAACUUUAUGGAAAGAUUCUUGACAACUCGAAUGUUGUUUCCUCUGUUGAAGGUUCUUGUAAAAGUAAAACUGAAGAAAUUUGGAAUAGCCUGUAUCCAGCAGAACCCUACAACUUCGACUUACAAAAGGCAUUGUCCGAGGAUAUAUCUGAAAGGAUUUCCAAACUUGACAAAUGCACCAAAUAUGAUCUGGUUUCAGCUGUUAAAAGACAAUCUCCUUUCUUUUACCAGGUAUCUCCACCCCAUAUGAACCAUGAUCUGUUUCUUGAAGGAGCUGCGUCUAGAUAUAAAGGGUUUCUUCAUUUAAUCAAGAGCAAUAAUGAGAAGUCUCUACGACGUUUCUGCGUUCCGACAUAUGAUAUUGAUCUUAUCUGGCAUACUCACCAAUUGCAUCCUGUAUCCUAUUGUAAAGAUCUGCAUGAACUACUUGGAAAGGUAUUGGAGCAUGACGACAUGGAUUCGGACAGAACUAAAGGGAAGAAGCUGGAUACUGGGUUCUCUGUAACCACCAAGCAAUGGGAAGAGGCAUUUGGUACCAGGUAUUGGAGAUCAGGGGCAAUGUAUAGAGGCAGGGCUCCAUCUCCUCUCACAACCACUCCUUAUCAGUCUAACAUCAUUAGCAAGGAUGUAAUUGCAUGUCCUGAUCAUCAGAAAGUAAUUGAGCUUCCAGAGGUGAAAGCUGUGGAGGUCCUUUUGGAGUUUCUGGAAGUUAGGAACUUACCAGAAGGACACAAAGGGCUUCUCUUUGCCUCAUUCAGUAAGACUACAAAGGAUAUAUUUUUCAAUGCUAAGCGGCGACUCAGCAUUUUUUCCGAGUUUGGAGAGAAACAGGUUGCUUCUUUCCAGUGUGAACCUACUGGAGAGCUGCUUUUUGAACUCAUGUCCCAUUCACCUUUAUAUAUACCAAUGAAAAGGGCAUAUAAAACAUUAGGUUCUGCUUCGUUCUCUCUUCAAGACUGUCUAGUCCCACCCUCUAAAUUAUAUGCAGAAAAAUGGUUGGAGAUGGUGCCAAGCUCUAAAGUUGGGAACUUAAAACCAAUCUACAUGCGGUUCGCUAUGUCUUUUACUAUUCCAACCAUAGCACAACACACACUUCAUGUGGUUCAUGCUCGACCGUUUUCAAAAAGUUCUUGCUUUUUCCCCUUUGCUGGGAAGAAUCAAGAUGCCAAGAAUUGGACACAAGUGAUGGAUGAAACUGGAACAGAGGUCCUCCGCCUGCAAAUGAGGGAUACUGAAAAGGAAAAGGUAAAGGGAAUCAGCGUUCCAAGGAAAGAGGUGGUUGGAAUUACCAAGUCUGGGAAAAUAUGUACUCUUGCAGAAUUUGUGGGGACUGGUUGGUCUUUGAUAGAUUCACACUGGUCCCUUCAUCGCGAGAAAAAUUCCGAGGGAUACCUCUUUUUGCUAAAGGGAAAAAAGAUGGUCAAAUUCUUCCCAGGCAGAAAGCUGGAUUAUGAACAUAAGCAUUAUGAGAAACAUACAACUGAAGAUAAAACUGAACAACACUUCGUGACCUUAGUUGAAUUCUCUGCUGAAGAUCCUUAUGGCAAAGCAGUGGCAUUGCUUGACCUAAAAUCUGGGUGCAUCAAGGUAAAGGAAGAAUCAAUAACAGUUCCUGGGGUCAUAAUGGCUUUUAUACUGUCGGAUAAGCUAAAGAAGGAAAGAUAUGACGGAUUUGCUGUUAAUGCUGCGGAGAUGGGUAGUGUCGAGGAAGAAAUUAAAGCGAACCCUGAGGAAGGCAAAGGAACCAACUUGAGCUCUUCUGGAGCAAGUGUAGUUAACCUUAAAUCUGAGGUGGUUGAAGGAAAUGUAGUGAUGUCUCAGAAAGGUGGAGGCUGUGGUGGAGCAUGUGGCAGUGGGUGUGGAAAUGCAACAAGGAGUGCCGGCGCUGGUGGAUGUGGAAGUGGCUGUGGUGGAGGAUGUGGAAACAUGGAGAAGAGUAGUGGUUGCGGCAGUGGAUGUGGUGGAGGAUGUGGAAACUUGGUGAAGAGUGGCGGCUGUGGAGGCGGCUGUGGAGGUGGCUGUGGUGGUGGCUGUGGAGGUGGCUGUGGAAACAUACUGAAGAGUGGUGGCUGCGGCGGCUGUGGCGGCGGCUGUGGCGGUGGCUGUGGGAACAUACUGAAGAGUGGUGGCUGCGGUGGUUGUGGUGGUAGCGGUGGUUGUGGUAGUGGGUGCGGAGGCUUAUUCAAGGGUAAUGGUUAUCAUAAAAAUACAUCUGGUAACUCAUGUGCCGAAGACCACCCAAAGGCAGUAGUUGUUUAACAUCUGUGCACAGUGCACCUCAGUAUUGUCUUAAAGCCCCAAUACUUCUAUGCAAAGUUGUCUCUCCCCCUGAAAGGAAGGGCUAGGUAAGUAAUAGGGCGUGUCCUCCUGAAAGGUGAGAUCCAUAGUCACAUAGAACUUCCGAGAGGGAGAGUGUCCCUAAAAUAAAAACUAUCCACCAAGUACAGCUUUCAUCUGUUGUAUUGUGUUAUUGAUUUAGUUGUCUCUCUCGCUCGAUGUAAUUAUUGCACAGACAUUCCAUUUCAUGUACAGAGUGGUUUAUGUGUUGUGGAAUAAGUUCAUCUUAAUUGCA